AUGGAUAAUGUUGAUAGGUUGAGUGCCCUUCCAGAUGAUUUUCUCUACGAAAUUCUGUCACUUCUUCCUGCAAAAGAUGCUGUAGCCUUCUUAAUUGUAUCCACCAAAUGGAGAAAACUAUUCACUUCAGUUCCUGAUACUAAUUUCUGCGUAAAUGGACUGAACGAUCCUGAUGAUCCUGAUCCUUGUAGUGUAAGGAGUUUCCGGGACGAGAUACAUGUUGGUUGUCGAAUACUUGCACUUCGAACUGGUGCUCCUUUAAGAAAAUUUCAACUUCAUAUUAAACAGUAUGUGGGAAGGUUUGCGUCUGCAGUUGAAUUGUUUAUAUUGAAGGCACUUGCGUGUAGAGUCCGGGAACUUGACAUUCAUGUGGGAAUGACAGAUAAAAGCCGAUCAAUUCCUCCUGAAGUAUUCACCUGCAAAACACUCGUCACUUUGAAGUUGACAAGGGAUGUGGAUUUGGAUUUGAUUGUACCUAAUGCAAUUUGUUUACCGAAUCUUAAGGUUCUGCACUUGAGAGGGGAAAUGAGAGUGGUAGAUGGAAUCUGUAUUCAACGACUUAUCAAGGGUUGUCCUUCGCUGGAAGAACUGAACUUAGUCUUAUGCCGUAUGGAUGAGAGUGAUGAAGAUCAAGUAAUUGAUUUCUCUAGUCCUUCACUGAAAAGAUUGACACUUGCCAGUUUUAAUUAUGGGGGCCUGUUUGAUUUCGUUUUGGAUUCAAGCCAACUUGAAUAUCUGGAAUUCCACCAUGUUGGGAAGCAUAGGUUCACAUUAGAUGCCCCAAACCUCAGCUAUCUAAAUUACGAAUGCAAUGCUGUUGAGGUGAACCUCAUUCAAAAGAACUUCACUCAAAGCCUGAAGUCUGUUGUGAGAGCCAGUAUAGCAAUUCGGUAUAUGGCUCUUGAGAUUUUCAACAAAACAAUCCAAACAAACUUCUUUUUGGAUGGUCGGCAUGCUUUUGAGCUCAUCAAUGAUUUGCAAAGUGUCAAAUCUCUUCAGUUACAUGGACACACUCUCCUGGCUCUUUUUGAAUUUAGAGGAAGGUUGCCAACUUUCAGAAAUUUAACCAUUCUGCAGCUUGGACCUUUUAAUUAUGAUGGUGUUGAUCAUGGGCAUUUGUGGAAAAUGUUACCAAGAUUACUUGAAAGUGCCCCAGACCUUGAAGUACUUAUCCUUGGUGAGGCGUUGGGGAAUGUCUUCACUAGAGAUAGGGAGUUUGAGGUUUUUUUGCCCCUGUGCUUUUCUAGUUUUGAGGUUUUUUUGCCCCUGUGCCUUCCUAGUUGCUGCCUUGAUCGUCUUAGGGAGGUAGAAAUCAGAGAGUUCAACAAUGAGGAAUAUGAAUUCAAGCUAGUCAAGUAUAUUUUGAAGAAUGGAAAAUCUUUGAAGAAGAUGACUAUUGGUGGAGUUAUAAAGGCUAUGAAAUCUUCAGAAAAAUGUUGCAAGAGGAUAUCAUCAUUCAAUAAAAGCUCCCAGGAUUGCCAGAUUGUAUUCAACUAG